AUGGACGAAAGCUACAGGGCGUUACUCCGAGACGCGGGAUUCCUGCCCCGUCUCGAUGCCGGAGUACGCACCGAAGACGAAGGAGGAGACAACAAGGGGGACGGGUACGGGGACGGGGUUGAGUACAUCAUUGUAAAAGAUUCGCAGACGAUUGGCACUGGCGACGGCGGCGGCGAUGAGGGUGCCUCGGCUUUGGCUCGAGCGGGAUUAGGCGGAGAAGGAGUGGAAUCGAGGGUUGAACGGCUGGGAGGAGGAGAUGGAGGAGAAGGAGAAGGCGAAGCCAUGGACGAAAGCUACAGGGCGUUACUCCGAGACGCGGGAUUCCUGCUCCCGUCUUCGGUGUGCACUACUCCGAUACAAGAUUCGCAGACGAUUGGCACUGGCGACGGCGGCGGCGAUGACGGUGCCUCGGCUUUGGCUCGAGCAGGAUUGGGCGAAGGAGUGGAAUCGAGGGUUGAACGGCUGGGAGGAGGAGAUGGAGGAGGAGACGAAGGAGGAGACGACGAGGGGGACGAGGACGCGGUUGAGUACAUCCUUGUAGAAGAUUCGCAGACGGUUGGCGCUAGCGGCGGCGGCGGCGAUGAGGGUGCCUCGGCUUCUGCUCGAGCGGGAUUGGGCGAAGAAGAAGUGGAAUCGAGGUUUGAACAGCUGGGAGGAGGUGGAGGAGGAGAGGCGUGUUCUCCUUCGGGUAGAUUUGGGGCCGAUCCAGAGGGGAGCCAGUGGAAUCGGGGCGAGAUCGACGGUCUCUUUUGCCCUAUAUGCAUGGAAGCUUGGACCGACGACGGUGAUCAUCACAUGUGUUGUCUUCCUUGUGGCCACAUUUAUGGCAUGUCUUGCAUCAAGAGAUGGUUAAAGCAAAGGGGGAACUCGGGCAAGUGUCCUCAAUGCAACAAUAAGUGCAAACUGAAAGAUGUGAGGAAACUUUUUGCAACACGCCUUGUGACGGUAGAUGAGGAGUCGCAGAAGAAAAUCCGAUUCCUUGAGGCCAAAUGUGCUUCUCUUGAGAAGAAGGUUGCUGGUUGGCAUAUGAAAGAGGUUGAAUGGAGAAGACAAGAAAAAGAAUGGCAUGUGCGUAUUAAUGAAUUUGAAAAGAGAGAAUCCGAGUUGAAGGAGAGACUUGAUCGUCUUCAGGAGAGGACAAAUGAUCUAGAGCGCUUCUAUGAAGUUUCGAAGAGCAGCCAGUUUGGAUCUACUAAAGCUAAUGCAGUACAGCAAAGACAAUAUACAUCAGGUAUAAAUGAAAAUGCUUCGCAUUUGAGAAGUUUUCUAGCUCCAGGAAAAGUACUCUGAUGACUUAUAUCCUGUAAGUCAUGAAGGGGGAUUUAGAAUUCCUAGUGGAGAAUCUAGCAAUUUUGUAACACAAGUUUAGUUUCAUACAUUCAUUUUGGCUUUGUUUUGUGCUCAAGGUUGGAUACGUGCUUUUGGAUUGCAUAUGUAGAUAAACAAAUUUACUUAAA